UGAUUAGAACCCGUUUGCGCUGUUCUGUGAAGGGACUUUCAUUUUGACUUGAGCUGCUAAGCAGAGAGGAAGUGGGAAAGCUGAGUUAGAAAGCUGAUUGAAUUUACCUGGAAAUGGCGUCCUCUAGCCGUCUCCUGUCUGAAGAGCAGUUCCAGUGCUCUAUCUGUCUGGAUGUGUUCACUGAGCCUGUCUCAACUCCAUGUGGACACAACUUCUGCAAGGUCUGUAUCAGCGGAUACUGGGAUACAACUGACCUGUGCCAGUGUCCAAUGUGUAAGAGGACAUUCUACACAAGACCAGAGCUCAAUAUCAACACAGCAUUCCGAGAUGUUGUAGAUUAUGUUAACAGGAUCAGGGUCAAAAACAGAGAAAAGUCCCCUGCUGAGGCUGGAGAAGUGGUCUGUGACAUCUGCACGAGGAUGAAGCUCAAGGCCUUGAAGUCCUGCCUGGAGUGUCAGACCUCUUUCUGUGAGACUCACCUGCAGCCUCAUCAGAGAGUCACCGGCCUGAAAAGGCACAAGCUAAUAGACCCCGUUGAGAACAUGGAAGACAGGAUGUGUAAGAAGCAUGACAGACAGCUGGAGCUGUUCUGUAGGACCGACCAGACUUGUGUGUGUCAGUUCUGCACUGAGGCAGACCACAAGACUCACCACACCGUCCCUCUAGAGAAAGAGUUUGGAGAGAGGAAGGCUCAGCUGGUGAAGACGGAGCAACAUGUAUGGCAGAUGAUCCAGGAGCGACUAGAGAAGGUGCAGAAGAUCAAACAUUCAGUAGAGUUCAGCAAGAUAGAUACACAGAGAGUGAUGGCAGACAGUCUGCAGGUUUUCACUGAUCUGAUGGAUUCCAUUGAGAAAAGCAAGAAGGAGCUCAUUGAGGAGGUUGAGGAGAAGCAGAAAGCAGCAGAGAAUCAGGCUGAAGGGUUUAUUAAAGAGCUGGAGCAGGAAAUCAAUGACCUACGUAGGAGACACACUGAGUUGGAACAGCUCUCACACACCGAGGACCACCUCCACCUCCUCCAGACCUUCCCAUCCCUGUACACCACUCCAAACAUCAAGGACUGGUCUGAGAUCAGUGUUUACAGUGAGACGUGUGUGGGGAAUUUGAGGAGUGUUUUGAGAAGCUUUGUGUCUGAGCUGGAAAAGACAGUGAGGAGAGCAUUUUCUGAAAAAUUCAAUAAUGCAAUGGAGGACUUUCAUGACGUCAAUCUGAAAAAGAUGCAGCAGUAUGCAGUGGAUGUGACUCUGGACCCUGAUACAGCCUAUGACAGGGUCGUCCAAUCUAAGGACAAGAAACAGUUGAGAAAAGGAAGAAAAAAUCUCCCUGACAACACAGAUAGGUUUCGUUGAAGUUAGUCUGUCCUGUGAAGAGAGGGCUUCUCCUCAGCGAGAUUCUACUAUGAGGUGUAGGUGGAGGAGAGGACUUGCUGGAAGUUAAGGGUAGUAAUUCCAAUUUGAUUUGCAGUGUUGUUUCUACACAUUAAUCACGUUGAGUCAAAAUGAGGGAAUGACCUUUGAGGUUUUUGGAUUGAAGUUUACACACCUUGAGUGAUAUAUAGAAACGUGCUGAAUGAUGUAUGAAGGAGUGUAUUGUUGUUUGUUUGUUUGAUUGUUUGUUUGUUUUGUUUGAUAAAUAUCACCAGAUUGGGUCUGCUGGAUGAUCGAGAUUACACCCUAAGGAUUAGUGGUGACUCUGCAAUGAGGUUGACAGUGUGUGUCAUAUUGGGAGUAUAAGCCAAUUUGGAAAAAUUGUUUCAACAGAAUGUGUUGUUACUCGCUUUGACAUGUGUUUUAGAGAUUUUCAUUGGGAAUAUUGGUAGUAACAAACGGUGUUUGUUUGAAUUUCUUGAAACGCUUGACUGGAUUUCCUGAAUCAGAGAUUCACUGAAAUGAAUUGUUGUUCUGAAUUGUCCUUUCUCAAAGUGAUGGUGACUACAGAUGGUAUCUAAAUGCAUGGAAGAGAUAAUUUGACCAAACGGUGUAGACCUCAAAACCCCCUCUAACCGGCUGAAGAUAUGGCGCUCAGUUCGGCCCUGUCCUGCACCACUUCUAUCAAGAGACCUGAGUCUGAGCCAGCAACCGGUGUACAGCAUCCAGUUGAAGUUAUCAACUGCCUUUUCUCUCAUGCCCUUCUCUCAAGAGUGUGACAGGAGUCCACAUGGAGUGAGCAUGGAGAGAUCCAUUCCAAAACUUCUCUUAUGUUGCCGGUAUACUGGUUGACAAAUGGACAAUACACAAUAGGAGUUGUGGUGGGACUCAAGUGAGACAUUGAAAUUGGGACAUUGUCAUGGGCCAUCCACUUUGAACUGUGAAGCUAUCUGAAGAAAAAUGAAAAAAUGCCAGAAGAUUGAAUGCCGGGAAACGGAGGGGGUUGGUCAACUGUGCCCGUAAAUAUUUUAAACUUUUCUGAAAUAGUUUAUUUUGGGGUAUCAGUUUGAUUGUGGAGGUCUACACACUGCUAAAUGUAUAGCAAUUUAGGCUAAGAAUGCAUUGAGAUAGUGAUCUGUAAUUAAUCAUGAUGAGAGAGUUAAUACUAGAAUUUUGAGAUUAAUAUUUUGUAUGUUAAUAUAAAUGUACAUUCUGCCAGUGUUGAUGUGUUAAAUUGAGGGUUUACAUUUUGAGUGAUAGAACCAAUGUGAAUGCUAUUCUCAACAUGCCUUGGUGAAUGGAAAGGUGAUCUCUGAUCGUGAGAGGGAAACUGAUCCUAAUCUAUUUGACCUAUAUCCAUUACCAAAAUGAAAUGUUUAAUGAUAAUACUCAGGAAUUAUAGCAGGUUUGUGCUAAUGGUGCAUAGCCAUAGGUGUUGCCUUAUAAAUAGUGGGAUUGUGAUGCUAGUCCUGGGUUAUGUUCAUUGGGCAGUAAAUGGAAGAAAUGUUACUUAAAACAUCUUAAGGAUUAGCCACUUUUUUUCAAUUUUCACCGAAAAUGAAAUACCCGAAUCUCACUGCUUGUAGCUCAGGAUCUGAAGCAAGGAUAUGCAUAUUCUUGGUACCAUUUGAAAGGACACACUUUGAGGUAUAAUAUAACACAAUAGAUCUGGUAAAAGAUAAUACAAAGAAAAAAACAACCAUUCUUUUUUUGAACCAUCAUCUUUGAAAUGCAAGGGAAAGGCCAUACUGUAUUAUUCAAGCCCAGGUGCAAUUUAGAUUUUGGCCACUAGAUGGCAUCAGUGUAUGUGCAUAGUUUUAGACUGAUCCAAUGAACCAUUGCAUUUCUGUUAAAUUUGUUUUAGCAAGCAUGCUCAAAUGUUCCUAAUUUGUUUAUUAAUACAUUUUUUAUGUUCAAAAUUGUGCAGCCAUGACUAAGCAUUCUUAGAGACCAGCUAUGUAAGUAACAGCAUUUUUUUGUAAAGGUCACUCUACUCUGCCCAACGGUCAAGUGUUGGGCUGACUAGUCUCAUUAUUUCAAUAAUUAAUCAAUAUUAAAUAAAGAAUUGUUUG